GUUAGCAGCAUAGACAUUCAGUCGCCGCUUUCUGCUACUGCGUGUGUUUUGCAAACAAGUAGGUAUUUUUGUUCGCGUUGAAAAAUAUUUGCCAAUACCACUUUGAGCAUAUUGAUUACCCUUUUUAACCAUGGCUUUCGUCAACGAAGCGCGUAUUGCAUUGAGCCGUAUAGGAGUGAUUUCUGGGCGCCAACAGCUUAGAUCACUCACUACGGGCAAAUAUUUGGCCCAGCAAGUGGAAACCGUGGAGAUAAAGGAACCGCAAAUCAAGACUUUCCAAAUCUACCGAUGGAAUCCAGACAAUGCUGGAGAAAAACCUUACAUGCAGACGUAUGAAGUGAAUCUACGUGAAUGCGGUCCCAUGGUUUUAGAUGCUUUAAUCAAAAUUAAGAAUGAGGUUGAUCCAACAUUAACUUUCCGUCGAUCAUGUCGAGAAGGAAUUUGCGGAUCAUGUGCUAUGAAUAUCGGUGGUACAAAUACUCUGGCAUGCAUUAGCAAAAUUGACACAAAUCUUUCAAAGCCGCUUAAAGUUUAUCCCCUCCCACACAUGUACGUGGUUCGCGAUUUAGUGCCUGACUUAAAUAAUUUUUAUGAACAGUACCGUUCUAUUCAACCUUGGUUACAAAGAAAGAAUGAGGUAGCAGAAUCAAAGGGUAAAGCGCAAUAUUUGCAAUCUGUAGAAGAUCGUUCCAAACUUGACGGUCUGUAUGAAUGCAUUCUUUGCGCUUGUUGCUCAACUUCGUGUCCAUCAUAUUGGUGGAAUGGGGACAAGUAUUUAGGACCAGCUGUAUUGAUGCAAGCUUAUCGUUGGAUUAUUGAUUCUCGAGAUGAAAAUACCACGGAACGUUUGAGCAAGCUUAAGGAUCCCUUCAGCGUAUAUAGAUGUCAUACAAUCAUGAAUUGUACACGUACUUGCCCUAAAAAUUUGAAUCCUGGUCGUGCGAUCGCCGAAAUAAAAAAGUUGCUGUCUGGUAUGGCAAGCAAGCCAGCACCAAAGCUCGACACAGCGGCUCUACACAAGUAAAUUAACCAUAUCGCUGCUACUACUAUUUAUAUAUAAUUAUUAAAAUAUAAUCAUAUAAGCAGCUUUGAGGAAAGUUUUAGUCGAUUUAUCACUCGUGAUUAUUUUCGAAUUUGAGGUUUGUUCUGUAUUAAUGUAUAAUUGAUCGAAACAGAACUUAUUCUUGGAGUAUUAUUCGGAAAUAUCUAUAAUACACUGUAAUUUGAAGAAACCAAAAUUUAUGUGUGUAUGUUAAAUAAAGAACGAUAUAAUUGGUUUUA